CGAUCCAACUUCAGUCGAGGCGAGACAGUCGCGCUGAUCACAUGUGAUAAGUGAGAGUGCCGUUGUAGUUGAUCAAAAGUGCUGUGUUGAGUGUUGCGAAUGUGAGAGAGUGUGCAGAAGAUAAUAGUUUUCAUUGGUGUGAUAUUAGUUUGUGAUUUGAAGAUAGGUGCGACCAAGAAUGGCGGCCAUCACGGCUGUAGGGUAUGGAGAGUACGAGAGAGUGCCGCCCCACACGAGGAGCCUGGUGUCCAGGGGGGCAGUGCAACAGCAACCGCCGCCUCCACAACACAAGGACUACAGCCGCCCCUUACACGUGGAUUGCAGUGUGGAGUAUGAGCUUCCCAACGCGGCAAAACCGCCCGCGGGAGCCCGCAGCGAACCGCUGCUCAUGAUCCAUCCCUGCUACUACAGGCGGGCGGAGAGUCAGCGGCGGAGUCCGUUCGUCAACAAUCUUCCCGCGGGACGUACCGCCCCUCAACCGCCGCCUCUUGCCGCCCCCGCUGCUCCAGCCCAUUACCCGCGCUGCUACAACGCGGAUCCACGGCAGGCGGCGGUUGCACCGCCCCCGAAACUGUGUCCUUCGAUGGUGGAUGCCGGCAGAUGGACUACUAGCAUCCAACACAGUCCCAUGGAUCCCUCCCGCCUCCAAGCUGCACCGCAUCAUUCCUGUCACGACAGGGCGACUGCUGCCACCCCCUGCACUGCAGUCACCGCCCCGUUAUCGACGACAAAAUAAACCUACCAGAUGUGCUAGACGAAAUCCGCCUACUGGUGUCCGGCGUGCAUCCUAUCAACCAGCAGACGACUCGGACGGCCGCAUACUGUCACCGCGGUGCCGCAGGUGUCACCGCGUCGACAGGGGUCACCACCGCCGCCUGCGGCCCGCAAGCGUCCUACCUGUGGUGUCCCGUGCUUCGCAAGCAGAGCCGCAAGUCACUCAUCAAAUCCUGGGAUCACUCAGUCAAGUGUAGCACCGUGCAAACCUAACGAACGGGGGUCCCGUUUGAGCGACGUUCCUCCACCGACCUAUUGUGAGGUCCACGUUAUAAUGGCAGUAUUCGUGUUGCUAUCCUUGUCUAGCAUAUGACAAAGCAGAUAGCGCUAUCCCUUUCCUACCUCCACAAAGUUGCCACUAUUCAUAAAUACAAUUAAUCAACAAAAAAAUCAAUCUUCUCUUACAAAAACACAUUGAAAAAUAUAUUUCCUUGACGAAUAAAACACAACUGAUCAUUUCAAACAAGAUUUAACACUAAAAUAUUACAUCAGAUAUACCUGUAUCAGCUAUCCUGUGUAGAAUAAAACAUGAUUGAUCAUUUCAAACAAAAAUGAACAGUUAAUGUUUUUGAAUUUUGUAUAACAGUUUUUGUAUUUUUUUAAUAAUUUAUUUUAUUUUUUUAAUUAAACUUAUUACAGUUUUUGUAUAACAGAAUUUUGUUUCUAUAAUAGUUUAUAUUACAUUGGAUAUACCGGUAUAAGUUAUUCUCUAUAGAAUAAAACAUCAUUGAUCAUUAUUUAACAUUAUUUAGCAUUAGAAAUACCGGUAUAAGGUAUUCUCUAUAGAAUAAAACAUGAUUGAUCAUUUCAAACAAAAAUUAACAGUUUAUAUUACAUUGGAUAUACCGGUAUAAGUUAUUCUCUAUAGAAUGAAACAUAAUUGAUCAUUAUUUAACCAUAAUUUUAGUUUUAAUUCUUCUAAAUUCAAAAUUUCCAGCUUAUAUAUAUUUUUGGACGAUAACUUAACAUUAACUUUUCACUGUAGAAACAUAACCUAUUUUUUGGACAUGUUAUUGAAAAAUUUGGAAUGGAAUAGUUUUGAGCCAAACCUGUUGUUCCUUCUCAAUCUCAUAUUUAUAUGAUUUGUAAUUGCUUCCACAAAUAGAUAAAUAAAUUUCAAGAAUGAACAGUUUUUCAGAUAUACAAGUAUUAGGUUGAUUUUUUACAUAAAAAUGUGUUAUGAAAUAUUUAAAGUUUUUUUAAAAAAGGGUACUUCAAGAUUUUUAUUAACAAGUAUUAUCUUUCCUCUAUAGAUAUCAGAAAAUUCGCAACAGGAUAAACUAUUUAUCAGAUAUACCAGUAUCAGCUAUCCUUUUUAAAGAAGGAGGAGAAUAUUCUCUCUAAUUAGAAGGCAGUGGCAAUCGGCAUCGCUGUUAUCCUAUCUUCCUCCACUGCCAUUAUAACGUGGACCUCACCAUAGUGAUAUCCUGACCAAUCAGCAUCGCUUCAAUGAUAAUUAUCUUCAAACCUAAUCUAGUUGAUAAUGAUAAAGUGUCACCAAAGACUGCUUUGUUUAAUUUAGUCAUACACUAUAUAUUGUACGCGUACCUUUCACUUCUAUUCAACUGUACUGGGAAACGAGUCAAAGACUGUCCUUAGAUAUGUAAUGAAGACAACAAUAAUAAUCGUAUAAAUAUGUACAUAGUUAACGAUCGAAAAUAUAAAAAAAAUGUCUACUAGUUGUAGAGUGAUUCGGAUUAUAAGGCGUCAUGAAAAGGAAUUGUAAUAAAUAAAUAAUGUUUGAGCAAGAAGAAGAAUACAAAUGAGAAUAACUAGACUACUAUUGUAAAGGUGCGUACAGACUUAUGCGCCACGAACACGCGUUUUCACUUUUCAUCAGCUAAUUUUAUGCUCAUUAGGGGUAAUCACAAUGUUGUUUUAGCCAGCUAAAGUGCUAUUUGAUAACUCUGGAUUGUGAACGCCCCAUCUAAACCCAUCUGCUAUUAGCUAACUGCAGUAACGAUCCAAGCGGAUAAUUUGUGUAACUUAAAGUUAGUUUGAAAAAGUAAGAUUAUAAACAUUUGGCUGCCGUUUUAACAGAGAUAGCUAGAGUUAGCUAACUCAUAGCGGACUCAAACCUGCGCUAGCUAAAACCUGAGUUAGCUAACUUAUAGCAGACUCAAACCUGCGCUAUCUGCUACCUCGAUCGUCUGUUAAUUUUUUUUUUUAACCUGAGUUAGCUAACUUAUAGCGGACUCAAACCUGCGCUAUCUGCUACCUCGAUCGUCUGUUAAUUUUUUUCUAACGUACCACUAUAGCAUUGAGUUAACACAGACUUAGCAAAUAGCUGGAGUUAGCGAAUAGCUCGACUUAGCCAGCUAACUCCAACAUUGUGAAUACCCCUAUUAUAGCUGUAUUUGUACAGAAACAGUAAGAUCACAGUCCGAUUUGUAUUUAUACAGAUAUAUACUUGUAUCUGUAUUAUCUAUAUGUAUUUGUACAGAAAGAGUAAGAUACAUCAUAAUGAGUAAUUCCUGCACCAGGGUAUUUCCUUUUUAGCAUCAGCUGAUGAAACUUGGAAUCCGCGUGUUCCUGGCGCAUGAGUCUGUACACACCUUAGAAUGGAUGAUUUGGCAUCCAUGAUCUCGGGUAUAAUAAUUGACUGUGUAUUUCUAAUUUAUGGCUCUGUGUUGACUAUACUAAUUGUACGACACCACUUGUAAUCGUAAUCAACGUCUAAGUCAUCCAUUAAUUAGAUUUGAAAAUGUGAUCCUACAUUGUACGAUAUGAAGAGAAAAAAUUAGUGAGGGCUUCACUUUACGGAGGUAUUUCAUAACCGAGGGUUAUUUGAGGGUAUUCCCUGAUAGCCCCUCGUAGUAGAUAUGAAUUGUAUGUUCUGGGACAGUGCGCUAGACUUCUCCAGUGCGCCAGCCUAGUAAUUGAGGUGGCAAUUUGAAAUUAAAUGAUCCCUAAAUAUAUAAAGAAAA